AUGAGCCCGACGGCAGGAGCUUCAAAAGGGUAUCAAGGACAGCAGUUGGACCCUGCCUGGGAUGUCAUGGGUACCGAUGUGGACGAUGCCACAGCCGAGCGUUUGGUGCAGGCGUUGGAUCUCAAUGGUGAUGGCAUCAUCCAACCAGAAGAGUUGGAUUUCGAUGCAGUGCAGCGACUCUUGAAGGAGCAACCUGGAAAUGUUCAUGGCUGGAAUCAACAGAUCCUUCUGAAAGAUAUGCCAGUGGCACUCGUGGAAGAUCGGUUCCGCAAGGAGAUGCAAAGCAAGGAGGAGGCUGAGAAGACUGCAGCCUACGAGACUACCGAGGAGCAAAUGCUUCGAAAGGAGUGGGAACAGUUCUUAGCCAGUCGGCCUCCGAGGAAUGAGGACACGGGACUCCUGACUCGAGUGGGUUCUCUUGCAGCAUAUUUGCUGCCCUUGACCGAUGCUUUAAGAUUUGGAAUGUUCCUCUUCGCAGCCUUUCCUUUCAUCCAGCCCUUUCUGGACCUUUUAGUGAUUCCAGUGCUCCUCAUCAACGCUCUACCCUUCGGACUUGGUUAUUUGGCCACCUUCUUCGUGAUGCAGGGCUUGGCGACUAACAAAGAGCUGCCGGCACUGUUGCGAUACAACCUGCGGCAGGACAUUUUUUUGGUGCUGAUGAGUCUCAGUGGCGGAGUCUUUCAAGCUUUCGCAAACUUGGCCCAGACACCGAUCCCCUUGGAGAUUGUAGGAUUUUCAAGUACCGUGAUCUAUUUGGUGGUCACCGCGUGCUGCCUCUACUCCAUUGCUGUUAGUCUAACAGGAAACCUUCCAACAGGACUUGGUGUCCUUUCAGAAGUGGCCGAGUUUCAGAUCUUUGACACUGCGCCCAGCGAUGGGAAGGAGGACACCUCCAAGUUCUUCGACAGGCUCUUCAAAGAUAAGAACGAGAAGAAGUGA